AUGGAGAAGAUGGAGAAGGUGCUAGAGCUGAUUAGCUGCACAAACUCCUGCAUGAUGGAGGACCCACCUAACUGCACAAAAAGCUGCUGCAAUGUCAUCAUUCAGUUUGCAAAAGGACUGAUAGUGCCUCUACAGAAAGUGCUAAACUACGAGCAAAGAAUCAAAUCACCCAUACUUUGGAUUGGCAACUAUGUUGCACUAGCAUCUCUAGCAUGCGCCCUUGCAAUGGCUGCUGAUGUCUUCUACGGUUUUCGCCACAGAAAGCCGUGGUUUCCGUGCAAAUUUUUCACUCUCAACGCUGCCUCCUUGACAUUACUAGCUGUAGCAAUGAAGCUGCCGCUGGACCUGAGUAGCGAAAUGCCAGGCGUUGUGGACCAGUUGGCGAAACUUAGUGGCACCGCCUUGAUGGCUACGACAGUAGCUAAUUUUAUGCCAUCUUUAGGAGGUAUGGAUGACCGAGAAAUUUUCAUGAACAUAACAGCCUUGGCUAUUCUCGUGAUCACCAUUUUCGUGAAUGUCUGCAUCCAAUUAGGUACACAAGUAAUAAAUCAGCUGUGUAGGAUAGAACACAUUGUUGUUUUGUCUUCCAUGCUUGUUUUGCUGGUACUAUUGUGUUCUUCAGCUUUGACAGUCUCGACCACUAAAAAGAAUAUAAAAUCAAAGUAUGGUGAUAUGGAAAAAAUGACUUCAACUGAAGGGUUCACAGUUGAGAAAUUGAAAGAGGAUGUGAAAAAAUAUUCGAUGAUGGCAGAAACCGGUAGUCCACAGUUUGUGAUUGCGCGUUCUGUGACAUGCUCUGCUUCAGGGGCAUUUUGUCUUCUGACUCUCAUCACUCUAGCAGAAGUCGAGGUUAGGGCAUUGCUUAAGAUAUAUAUUCUGUUGAAACAUGCUCAUAUAGACUUCAAAAUUGCUAAUACUGUGUACCUAAUUGGAUCGGAUUAUAAGUCUGCGACCUUUAUUAUUGUUGUGUUUCAGUCUGUUGGUGUGAUAGUAGGUACAAUUGGCCCAAUAUUCAGAUGGUUCACCGCUAUAAGAUUAAAAUUCUUAGAGAAAAGAGUCAAGAGCUACAAUACUGAGUUGAAAAUAGAGAGUUACUGGAUCGAAAGGCUAGCACGGUGGAGAGAAAGCCCCUUGGCAUUACGAGUUCGGGGUAAAAGAAGUAGAAAACUUGUUCAUACAGCAAAGAAUCUAGUUUUGGACUAUUGUAUGGGAGUUCAGAUUGGGAUUGUUACUGCUAGCAAAUUGAUUCAGCUCGUCUCUGUUUUCUUAAUUAUAAAAUUGUUGUCAUUUGGACAGAGGCUCAUAUCUAAAUAUAUUGCCCCAAACAAUCACACAAGAUCAGAAUCGGGGCAUGGUACAAUGAUGGAUCUUAGCAAAUAUGUUUUGCAUCUCGAAGGUGAAGAGGAGCUACCUUUACAAAUGAUGAAAUACAAAAGGGACGCUACCAAUCAUUUCAUUCAGAAGGGUAAAAAGCAGCAGCCAAAAUAUUUGAAAGAGCUUCUAGAUAAAUCUACGACUUUCGUAGGGGUGGCAAAAUUUGACAGUGACCGAGUUCCAUCUCUAAAUUCUGAAGAACCUCCCAAUUGUUGGUCUCUUCCCGUGGUUACCCUAACAAGUAUCGCCAUUGCACUUCCAAAAAAUGAUAAUCACAAGGUGAAGUGGUUGCUUCAAAGCGUGAGAGAAGGCCUCUUGUAUGUCAACCUUGUAGAAAAAAUCUUGGAUGCCAAAGGAGACUUGGUCAGCAUAAGUAGUGCAGCAGAUGUAGUGUGGUUGGAAGUUGAUCUUUUUUGUAGGUGGCUAGAUGAAGAUCUCCGAAAAAUUGCUCUUGAAGGGAAAAACUCCAAGGAUGCUCUUGAGAGACUUGCUGACAUAGCUAAAAACCAUGUCAUCGAGUUCGAGGCAAUGAUUAAUGAGGAUCUGAAGGAGAACCCUCUGAAUUGGCCCAUCAAGGCUAUUGCUGCUAAUUCAAUGUACAGAAUUUGCCAAACUGUGAUGCUGGAUUGUGAUGGCAACAAUGACCGAACUGAUGAGAGACUGUUUGAGCAAUUAUGUGUUAUGAUCGCGGAUAUAUUGGGUGCUUGCCUUACCAACUUACCGCUUGCCAUAACUAUGAAAUGCUUUUGCAGCGCCAUGGAAGAGAGGGAGAAGCAUGUCCAACAUGCUGCUCAACUUCUUGGUGAAACGGAAGAGAUUUUGAAUAUCCUUCAACAGCGUGAGCUUCCCGGUCUGAAUCCUGAUAAAAUGGCACAUAUUGAUGAGUGGCGUACACUAAUCAAGCAGAAGAAUUCCUUGGGUUUAACUUCUUCAUCCAGUGAUGGCACAUCUUCUGAUUCUAAUGAGUUGCUGAUAACUGUUGAGUAG